CGUUUUGCCAUCUGGUCCCACUGUCGCUGUCGAUCAACCAACAGGCUAUUCGGUUCCCCAGCAGGUCCGUCAUCUUGGGAAACGGCCACCGUAUUUGAGCCUGCACCUUCCCCCUGGCCCUCUGCCUUCUCUUCGCCCUGGCCCUCUGCCUUCUCCCACUCAUCCCGUCACCAUGCCGCUGUUCAGCCUCGACCUGAGCCUCGCCAGCAUCGACCCUUCCGCCUGGAGAGUGGCCGUUCCCCUCGCCAUCGCCGGAGCAAGCACCUACUUCCUCUUUGCUCACUAUUAUGCCGAGAGCCACAUCCCAGGCUCCUACGGCUUUCCCGUCGUUGGCGAAACCCUGGACUUUAUCUGGAACCCUCGCCAGUUCGUCGAGAAGCGCCUGAAGCGCUACGGCCCGACCUUCAAGACUUCGAUCUUUGGCAACAAGGUUCUCUUCCUCACCACGGAUGAGGGUUGUCGCCAGGCCUUCCGUGUCGAGCCAAAGAGCGGCGGUGUCCAUAGCUUUGAGACCAUCAAGCAGUUUUUGCAGAUAGGUCCCACAGGCAAGACCCAUACCGAGUUCCGCAAGAACUUUGCCCAGUUCCUGAACAAGGGCUAUCUCGCCUCGGUCUCCCCCAUGUUCGUGCGCAUCAUCCGCGAGGAAAUCGACGAGUGGCACCGAGUUAGUGCCGCCGGCCGCUACAUUCGCGCCGAGGACGUUGUCAAGAACAUUCCGCUCUCCAUCAUCUUGAACAUGAGCAUCAAAGACGUCUCUCCCGAGAAGAAAGCCGAGAUCUUUGAUCUCCUUGCGGAUGUCUCGGCUGGCAUUCGCUCAGUCGUAGCCAGCUCGCUGCUCUCGCCCACUUUCGCCAAGGGCAUCCGUUCGCAUCGCCGCCUCUGUAAAAUCAUUGAGGCCGAGAUCCACACCAUCAUGCCCGACCUCGACGCUCUCAAAGACUCCAACUUCAUGGCCCAGCUUAUCUCUUUUGCGCUCCAGCACAACCUUGUUUCCGGCAGCGUGUCGCAAGCCCGGUAUGUCAUGGGCUUCUGGUUCGCUGCUUUCGAUACCACCUCGACUACCCUGUUCCAGCUGCUCUACAAUCUCUCGCUCAACCCCGAUGUCCUUGCCAAGAUCCGCGAGGAGGCCCUUGCCGCCGGCUUUUCCUAUCAGUCGGACCUCACCACCAGCGACCUGAGCAACCUCAAAUACACCAAUGCCGUGAUCAAAGAGACAUUCCGCCUGCGUGCUCUCGGCGUCAUGCAUAUGUUCCGUGAACUCCACGAGCCCACCGAGCUCGGUGGCUACCAAGUCCCCAAGGGGUUCCUGCUGACCGCUGCAAUCCACGGCAACUCCGUCACCUCUCAAGAGUCCCUCGAGGAUGGCCAUCGCUUCAAGCCUGAGCGUUUCCUCGACGGCUCUGUCCAGGCGACCGGCACCGACUUGAUAUGGGGUGCCCCGCCUCGUGUCUGCGGCGGCAUGGACAUUGCGAUGCUCGAGCUGCGGGCCACCCUGGUGCUGCUUGCCCUCAAGGGUACCAUCAAGCCCAAGGGAGCGCUUGGAGAGAUCUACGACUUUCCUGUUACCCAUAUCAAGGGCGGCUUUGACUUUCAGAUCGUCUAGAUGGCCAAAUACACCGACUUGGACGACCAAAUACACCGACUUGGUCGCCAUACUCCACAAA